AUGAAUAAUUUUCAGCGUGCUAUAGAAAUUUGUGAAUUAACUGCCAAAUCAGAUUAUCAGUUUUUAUUUAAAGUAUCACCUUCCGAAGCUGCUCUUAUACAACUGAAUGCUAAGACUCUUCUACACCGAACGGAAGCACUGCAGUUGAAAACAGAUAGCAAUGGUCACGUGUGUAUUUUUGGAAAUGGAGCCUCAGUUUGUGGUGCUUACCAUAAAGUAGUUUCGAUUCUUCGCAAAGCAUCUUUUAAAAACAGCAAGUUUAAAUUAUACACAGCUUUGCAAGGCUCUAAUGAAGAACCUUGCGUUAUUUUGAUGAAUAUUCCGAGUGCAAUUGCUCAGUUUUUAUUUUCAAACAAUAAGCGAAGUGUAAAUGCUUUGGAACAUUUAUAUCGUUGCGUAAUUGAACCACAUUUUAAGGAUACUGAUGCAAUUGGUAACACUAAAAUUGAUAUAAUCACCAAAGACUUAGCCAAUGCAUUAGCUGCAAAGACAGCGCUAAUGGAACUAAUUGAAAGUUAUUUUGGGAAAAUUCAUAAAUGGCCAACUCCCGUAACAGUUUGCUGUGGCUCGCAUGUAUCACGAUCAGUUCCGGAAGUAUCUUGUCGCACAUUGGACGAAUGCGAAGCUAUGUUACGUGAUCAAGCAGACAAAAGCUUAACUUUCACUGUGCCUGCUUCUGAAGCUUCGCACCUAAUUGGCAUUCGAGGAGUAAAUAAGAAAAGAAUCGAGGAGCAUACAAACUGCUUCAUUUCGUUGCACACAGAGGCAAGACAUGGCGGUGUAUUUCCUGUAGAAAUAAUUGGCCAAAAUGUGAAGGAAUGCGAAGCUGCUCUGGUGUAUAUCCAGAAAUUUCUGAAAAAAGUACCUGGAAUAGAUAAAAACAUGAAUGACACUAGUCUGUCAGGCGCAGUGGAACCAUUUCAAUGUUUUAAUUCUGAAUUGCAGUUAUCGCAGCGUGGUGUGCUGUCUCCUACUUGUAUUUACACAGCACAAGAACAGAAAAUCCCAUGCAACGGCAACCUGCUCUAA